AAAUGGACUUGCAUGAAUACAAACACACUGAAUCGUACUGACAUUACUGGUGUGAGUUAACACAUGGAUGCUGCAAGUGUGCGUUUUAAGUGAUGAUAUGAUGGCUGUAAAUAUGGAGAGAUUUCUCAGUGAGGGUAAAGGGAAUGGUUUACGGGCUCUGCGUGAAAUCAAAGUCGGAGAGGUUAUUCAUUCCUGUGAGCCUUUUGCAUUCUGCAUAGCGAAGAGUUUCUUGAAAACUACAUGCCAUAAUUGUCUCAAGAGGGGUGAAAGUUUACUAAGAUGCUCCCAGUGUAAGACGGCCCGAUACUGCAGUGCUCAGUGUCAGAAACAAGCGUGGCCCGAGCACAAACGAGAAUGCAAAUGUCUAAAGCAUCUCCAGCCGAGAAUACCCACCGACUCCGUCCGACUGGUUGCCAGGAUCAUUUUCACACUGCUCAGCCAAUCAAAAAGCGACAAAGAUGAGCUGUACUCGCUAACUGAACACCAGUCUCACCUGGAGGAUAUGUGUGAUGAGAAGAGAGAAGGUCUGGAGCAUCUCUGCUCCACCCUGCUGGUUUAUCUCGGUGAGGAGAACUGUGAUGUUCCUCAGCUGCCUCCCGGCCUCGAACCCAUCAACCUGCUCGCCAGAGUGACCUGCAACUGUUUUAGCAUCAGUGAUGGAGAGCUGCAGGAUGUGGCGGUGGGCCUUUACCCCAGCAUGUCUCUGUUGAACCACGACUGCCAGCCGAAUUGUGUCAUGAUGUUUGAGGGCAAGAGGCUGAUGCUGCGAGCUGUCCGGGUCAUCGGAGCCUGUGAAGAGUUGACCAUAAGCUACACCGAUGUCCUCGCGCCCAGCACAGAGAGACAGACCCAUUUACAGGAACAGUAUCACUUCCUAUGUCAGUGCAAGAGAUGUACCACUCAUGACCGGGACAGUGAAAUGCUGGCAGGAGAGAAGUCUGCAUGGACGGCCCUAAAAGACUCCAUACCUCACCUGGAGCAGCUUCAGUCAGAGCAAAACUGGGAUGAGUUAUUGAGAGAGAGCGAGACUCUUCUACACAGAUAUGCAGAUGAUCUCCCAGACAAGAACAUCUAUGUGCUCAGACUGCUUAAUUUGGCUGUGGAUGCAUGCAUCAGUUUGGAUGAUUAUGAGAAAGCACUGAAGUAUGGAAACAGAGCUCUGGUACCUUACAAGAUCUACUACACUGAUCCUCAUCCAUCCAAAGCUGUGGAGCUCCUGCGAGUGGGAAAGCUGCAGCAUUACCUGGGCAGGGUGGAGGAGGCUCAGAGGACCUUCACACUGGCCUAUGACAUCAUGAAGGUGACUCAUGGGGCGGAGCAUGCCCUGACCAAUGAGGUAACAAGGAAGCUGGGAGAGUGUCAGGCUGAACUGGGUCGAGUCUAGAUGACAUAUCCCUGUGUCCUCAUCAUGAUCAUUCAUCACAGAGACUGAUCACAGACAUCACACCACAGCUCCAGAUCUAGCUGUCAAUCACCAGCAGUCUGCUAAAUUUGCCUGUAAAUGAAGUUUUUCUGGGUGGUUGUGUCUGCCACCUGCUUUUGUGCCACUGUGUAUCCUACCAGCUGGUUCAAAUUAAAAAAAGAGAAGAUU